AUGCUGAACACCUCUGUUUGGCCAUCCCCUGCAAAAGUCACAGGAGCCACUGGGAACACUACUGUUACCGAGUUUGUCCUGCUGGGGCUCUCAGAUGCCUGUGAGUUGCAGAUGCUCAUCUUCCUGGGAUUCCUCCUGACUUACUCCCUCACUCUGUUGGGGAAUAUCCUCAUUGUGGUAAUCACCCUCAUGGACCGACGCCUCCACACCGCCAUGUACUACUUCCUCCGUAAUUUUGCUGUCCUAGAGAUCUGGUUCACCUCUGUCAUCUUCCCCAAGAUGUUGACCAGUAUCAUAACUGGAAGUAAGACCAUCUCCCUUCCAGGCUGCUUCCUACAGAGUUUCCUCUAUUUCUUCCUAGGUACCACAGAGUUUUAUCUCCUGGCAGUGAUGUCUUUUGACAGGUAUGUGGCUAUCUGUGAUCCUUUACGUUAUGCUACCAUCAUGAGCAAAAGGGUCUGUGUCCUGUUGGUUCUUUGCUCAUGGAUGGCAGGAUUCCUUCUCAUCAUUGUUCCAAGUUCAAUCAUAUUUCAGCAGCCAUUCUGUGGCCCCAAUAUUAUUAAUCAUUUCUUUUGUGACAACUUUCCUCUCCUGGAACUCAUAUGUGCAGACACAAGUCUCAUAGAGUUUCUGGGCUUUGUAACAGCCAAUCUCAGUUUACUGGGCACUCUGUCCGUGACAGCCACCUGCUAUGGACAUAUCCUCUACACCAUCCUACACAUUCCCUCAGCCAAAGAGAGGCAGAAAGCCUUCUCAACCUGCUCUUCCCACAUCAUUGUCGUGUCUCUCUUCUAUGGCAGCUGCAUAUUCAUGUAUGUCAGGUCAGGCAAAGGCAACCAAGGAGAGGACAGGAACAAAGUGGUGGCCCUCCUAAACACUGUGGUGACCCCAAUGCUCAACCCUUUCAUCUAUACCCUGAGAAACAAACAAGUAAAGCAGGUAUUUAGGGAACAUGUGAGCAAGUUCCUCUCAUAA